UAAUGCAUAACUAAACCUAAUUUCACGAACGUAACAUUGUGAUUUGAACUUAAACUUGCCGAUCUUGAAAAUAUUUUUGAUUUGUCAUUCCAGCAACAAGCUGCAGACAUGCUCAAAAUCUUUAAGAAAAUCUAUGUUGCCUACGGAUCUACGGAGGGUGGAGCGGUUAGUGUCAAUGAAUUGACAGAGGCUAACAUGGAAGAUUUUUGCACUGGGAAACCUGUGGAUGAGAACAACGUCCGUGUGGUGAACAAAGAUCAGCAACACUGCAAGCCAAGGGAAAUGGGGACCAUCCAUGCCAGAGGACCCGGUGUUUUCACUGGCUACUUUAACAAAUUGGAAGAUACGGACAAAAACACCGCCAAGGCCUUCACGGCAGAUGGCUGGUUCAAAAUGGAAGACAACGGGUUUUACGACGAGCAGGGAAAUCUUUACGUUCUUGGCAGAGAGAAGGACAUCAUCAUGUACGGCUCUUUUGUUGUCUACCCAGGAUGGUUAGAAAAGAAGAUAAUGACUCACCCGGAUGUAGCUGAUGUCGUGGUGGUGCCUGUAUCGGACCCCGUCCUUUUCCACGACAUCUGUGCAUGCGUGAAACCGGUGAAAGAGAAGACGUUGAACGGGGAGAAUCUGCGGGAGUUCUGUCAGAAAAUAUUCAUCACCAGCAGUGAGGCUGCUUCUACACCCGUCCCUAAAUAUUUCAUGAUACUGGAGAGCUUUCCAGAGACGUUGACAGGAAAACCAAACAAGCAAAUCCUGGCAAAGAUGGCUGAGGAACGAUUUGGGCAAACUGCUUCGUAAAAAAGCCAGCUUGACGGGGAUGAGACAUCAUCGGCGGCUGUGUCCAUGUGUUUGAGCGCACUGUUCAUUUCGAAAGAAUUUAAAAUCAUGAACGUCAUUUUUGUUAAACAAAGGGAAAGGCUGAAUGUGUGGCGUAUUAUGUAUCUAGAUCUAAUGCCCUUUUUUCCUAUACGUUCAUGAUUCUGGUGGCAUCGGUCUUUGUGUCACUUUUUAGAAUCCACACACUCUCCUGACCUUAAAAUUUAAUCGAAGAUAGCGCUCAGUACUCCCAAGAACAUGACGGAGCCAGAAUUUCAUGAUGUCGAGCUUAAGCAUGUUUAAGUUAUAGGUUUUGAUCUUUGUGUGUAGUUAUCUAAUACUCCAGAAUUGAGUCAUUGUUGUCCAGUUCAACUUGAAAAAACGUGAUGUUCUACUGUUCGGUAUGGGUUCAAAGCUGAACGGAUACCUCCAAAGAAGUUAUGGGGUUUUUUUUAAGGGAGGGAAGUUGGGGUAGACUCCAGAGUUUGAGUGGGUAGUGAGCUAAGGCUCACGAUAGUAUCUAACGUUUGGCAGUGACACGGUGUUUUGGCAGGCAGUUACUGAGAUGUGUCCUUGAUCAAGACACUACAGCCACAAGCUUAAACAGCUUAGCGACCAGCAACGGUAUGUGGGUUGUCUAUUUUUGCGCCACUGUGUAUUUUACAUGCAUCUAUGUAUUAAAGUAUUAUUGCAUUUAUGUACGCCAUUGUAAAACAAAUUCCCAAAGCGAACAAUAUCGUGGAAUUAAUUUUAUCAUUUUUUAAAAAUCUUGUAGUCUUGUAGAUAUAAUUAUUCCAAAGAUGACGUAUCAGCAAAACUGUUUUCAACAGUCGUGGUCAAAAGUAACAUAUAAAACUCUAAGCCAUGAGCUCUAGGUUACCGUGUUAAAAGCACGCGGGCAGCUCGUUAUGUAUAAACCUGCAAUGGUUACUUUGAUUCAUAAUUUGAAUAUUGAUACAUUAUUAAAAUUUGAUAAUUUCACGAAGAUGACUUUGAUAACGUUUUCUCUGAAUGGCAAAGUAAGCCUGAGUACCAUGAUGUCAAAAUGGUACUGAAGCUAGGCAAAGGUAAAGUGCUAUUUUAUUUCUGGGUUUUUUUUGUUGCUUUGUGAAUCUUCUCACCCCUAAGCCUAUUGUAUUGUUUUAAAAUGUUUAGUUAUACAAAUAAUACAGAAAAAAGUUCGGGGAUCCGGUUGAUUCGACUCUUAUCUGUCAGGGUCAACCCAGGCUUUGUGGGACAACAAGUGGAGAAACUUAAUGAAACAAUGUCCCCAUUCGAGAUCUGGAAUAGGAGACACAAUAAACAGCAUGUAUAGCGCAGGUUUCCUCUCAACGGCAAGCUCGAAUCUAUAUUGUUAACCCAACUGACCCUAGAACACCCAGAAACAUUCUCCACUUCCCGUAAAGCACACGGUGCGAUCAGCCAAUCAAGUGCUCAGUCACUAACAAGCUAACAAAACAUCUACCUGUCGGUAGCCGGAUACUCAUUCUCAUCUGGGUGAAGUGAGGAAAAUUUGUGUAAAGUGCCUUUUCCAAUGACCUAAUGCGGGACUCUGACGGGGUUCGAACCAACGACAUUUCGGUUACAAGCCCAGCAGCUUAACCUCUAGACCACCAACGCUGUAAACCUCAUUAUAUCCUCUGUGAACAACCU